UACAUCUGCUUUGCAAUCUGCAAAUCCUCCCCUCCACCGCCCUCCCCUCCACCAAACCUCUCUCCAUCCUCCCACACCCACUCCCCAAAUCCACAGGGGACCUCGACUCCUUCUGAUUGGUCGGGGAUGAGGCAACGAGGGGGGGACGGGAACAAUGUCAUCAUGUCGCCUUAAAAAGAGUGCAGCUAUGUUGUGGUGAAAGCACCUCGGGAGGAGAACACGGGAUCAAUAGCAAACAACAACAACAACAACAACCAAAAAAGACGCAUCAGAUGUGCGCGUCCGCGAGCGGCUGAAAGUGGAUUCCUUCUCCCCGCAGCAGCAGCGUCCAAAGUGCCUUCAGCUCUCCGUCCAAACGCAAACAUGCCGAGAGGAUUUCUGGUGAAAAGGAACAAGAAAAUCAACCCGGUGUCGUACCGGGUCCGCUCAGACGACGAGGAUGCGGAGCAAGCGGUGUCUGACGCGCCGCCGCGGUCCUCCUCCUCCUCCUCCUCCUCUUCCUCCAUCUCCUCCGUGCCGGUGCGCACACAGACGCCGACGCCCACCUGCGGGGCGGCGGCCACGGCUCCAGAGCCGGAUGCCAGACCCAUGCAGUUCGGGAACCCGGAGGCGGUGUACCAAGCGCUGUACAGCCCCACCCGCCCCGUCAGCCGCGACCACGACCGCUCCUACUUGGAGAGGCGCUUCAACCUCGGAUCGCCGGUGUCCGCGGAGUCUUUCCCCACACCGGCCGGUCUCACCGCUCUGGACCACAUCUUCGCUCCGGUGGACCUGAAGAUCGCCUCCAGCAGCAGCGCCGCAUCCAGCGGCAGCCUCCCGCCGGCCGCCGCCGCCGCCGUCGCCGCUGCCGCCGGCGGCUCCAAGCGCGCGUCCGGAGACACUGAGCGCAAAGGCAAGCCGCCCUCCAAGAAAACCAAAGCGAUCCGGAAACUGCACUUUGAGGACGAUGUCACCACGUCUCCGGUGCUCGGGCUGAAGAUCAAAGAAGCGCCCGUGGACCAGAACCCCGCCAGACCGCAGACCGCCGGAGGAGACCGCGUCCCGCGCGGGGACUUCGUGUGCCAGCUGUGCCGGGAGGCUUACGCAGACCCUUUCGCUCUGGCGCAGCACAAGUGCUCCCGGAUCGUCCGGGUCGAGUACAGGUGUCCCGAGUGCGACAAGGUCUUCAGCUGCCCGGCCAACCUGGCCUCUCACCGGCGCUGGCACAAGCCCAAGCCGCAGAACGUGGACAGCGGCGACAAGGGCAAAGCUGCGCCCGACGAGUCCAAGGACUCCAGCGACAGGGACACACCCAGCCCGGAGCCGUCCGAGUCCGGGUCCGAGGACGGCCUGUACGACUGCACUCACUGCGGGAAGAGGUUUAAGCGCCAGGCGUACCUGAGGAAGCACCUGGCGUCGCAGCACGGCUCCCCGAAGCCGGCGGCGGCGGAGGAGGAGGAGGAGGACGCACCGGGCUGCGCGCACGGCGCGCCGCAGAGCGCAGCGCACAGCGCGGCCCCGCUCAACCUGAGCGCCUCCACCUGCCACCUGUGCCCCGUCUGCGGGGAGAGCUUCACCAGCAGGGGCAGCCAGGAGCGCCACAUCCGCCUGCUGCACUCCUCCCAGGUCUACCCGUGCAAGUACUGCCCGGCCGUGUUCUACAGCUCCCCGGGACUCACCAGGCACAUCAACAAAUGCCACCCGUCCGAGAACCGGCAGGUGAUCCUGCUGCAGAUGCCGCUGCGCCCCGCCUGCUGAUCCGGGACUGACCGGGAUUCAGGAUUCACAGUCAAGCACUGCUUCUGGGACAACACUGGUGUUGCACUGCAAAAAUAUCAGCAUCUGUAAACAAACAAACAGAAGAGAAAAUAAGUACUUUUCUACAAAGCGGUUGCGCCUAAUUGGUCGAAUAUCAUUUGAUUUGAUUAAUCCAUCCGGUUUCUUCACAUUUGCAGAACUUUUUGACACAUCAAAGCACAAAAAAAAAUCAUAAAAAAAUAAAGUCGAUUUCUUGUGCUUCACUGGGAGGAAAGUCGAAAGUUUUGCAGUGUAACUCCUUAAGCACAGAAAAAAAGUCAGAAAUGUCAAGCCUUCACGUGCAGCUGGCAGGGAGUCAGUGCCUUGCAGGUUCUGAGUGUGUUUGCGUGCGCGUGCGUGCUUGAGCCCCAGCCUAUAACCCAACGUCUGAAGGAUCUUUUUGACGCCACUCAAAAUGAUGAGGAAAAAAAGCAUUAGACUGUUAAUUUAUUUUUCUAGCAUCUCUGCACAAGUGCUAUUAGCUCCUAGACCUAAGAGAGGGCGCGACCUGUGCCUGUGGCCCAACGGAAACAGAGUUCACAGGCCUGAGCUGACCUUUUCUCAUCACUCCGAUUAGCUUUAACAUAGCUUGUGGAUCUGUGGAUCAGUAGCUGUCGCCUGAAAACACAAAAGAGUAAAGACUAGUGUAGCCGGUAAUGCCUUUGGAUUAGAAACUCCUGCUGUAAAACUGCCUUAAACCCAACUGAUUGUUUUUCUGUUUUGUUUUCUGAUCACUUAUUUAUCACUGGCUGGGUAUAUGAUUAUUGUUUUCUACAAAGCCUUCUGUAUUACCGAUAUACAGUAUAUCUAAUCUUUUUUUUUUGUCUAUUAUUUAUGUAUUUAUUAAAUUAUUUGUGUAAAUUAUUGCUCUGUGUGGUCAAACCCGUGAUCUGUUGCUGUGUCUUUUCAUGAAGUAGCCAAAUUUUCUUUAAUUUAUUUGGAUACGGCUCGUUUCUUUAUAGCAAUCAAUGACUUUUCUCAGCCUAUCCAGACUAAAAAUCAAAUGCAAUCAUGUUUUUUUUUCUUCAUUUUAUUUAUUUAUUUUUCUUUAAGGAUGUUGCUUUCUUUGUAACUCUUAGCUCUUAUACUGCUUUGGAUGUUUCUGCAGUAUUUUGCUAAAUGUCCAAAAACCAAUAAAAACCAA